AUGAAUUCAACAAGACAUGAACAAGCUGUCGUAGAAUUGAGUUCACUAGAUCCUUUAGUAAGAAUUAAGGCUUUACGAUUUAUUAAAAAUAAAAUCAUUGGAAACAAAACAAAAAAAGAUUUAUAUAUUCGUCUUAAUGUCAUUUCAAAGCUUGUCAAAUUUUUUGAAUUUAAAACCACCGAUCCUCAAAUUCAAAUACAAGCAGUUAUUGUUUUAGGAAGUUUUGCAUACGGAGGCGAGGAGAAUGUGUCAGAGUUAAUUAAGCAUGAUGCUGUUAAACCAUUAUUGGAUUGUUUAUCUUUACAAAAAGAUCCACGACUAAUUGAAGCUGCUGCUAGAACAUUAAAAGUAAUUUAUAAAAGUCCUGUGGCGGAUAAAAAUGACAUUUUUCAGGACUGUUAUUUAAAUAACCUUAUUGCACUUCUUAAUCCCGACUCACUUAAUCCAAAAACAGAUCGUGAGAAGGUUGCCGCAAUACAUACUGCUGAAUUGGCAGCAACAAUAAUUGCACGUUGUUGUGAUACCAAUGAACAACAAAAUCAAAUUGCAAAUGCAAAUGCUUUACGACCUUUGAUAAAUCUAUUAACUUGUUCCAUUCCUAAAGCACAAGAAGCAGCUUUGGAUGCGCUUGCAUACCUUUGUAGAGAAAAUCCCGAAUUCUGCAAAAACAUAGUUGAAGCUAAAACCGAAAGAAAUGAAGCCCCUGUAAGAAUAAUGUUGAAAUUAGUCGGUGACAAAUCACCAACAAUGCGAUUGACAUCUGCAAAAUGCAUAACACAUUUAAAUCGUACAAACACUAUAAUUGAAUAUUCUAAUGAUAUAAUUUCAACAGUCUUACCAACUUUAGUCAAGUUACUUGACGAGAAAACUUCGGUUCGUGAAGAAGCACCUCAUGUUUUAGCAUGUUUAAUACGUGAUAGUGAAAAAUUACAAAAGGCAGCGUGCGAUUGUGAUGCAGUUUCAAAACUAGCAAAUUUUAUUAUACCUUUUUCUGACAAAGAUCAUUCGUAUUAUGAUUCCAAUGCUCUAAUGGCUCUUGCAGCUAUAAGCAUAUUAUCAGAUGAUGGACGUAAAUUGGUAGUCGAAGCAAAAAUUAUUCCACAUAUUAUAACAGCCAUGUCACAUCAUUCUUAUGGGAUUCGCGCUGCAGCAUGUCAAUGUGCAAGAAGUCUAUCUAGGUCUAUCAGCAUGUUACGAACUAGUCUUGUGGAUGCGGGGAUUGCCACACCAUUGUUUAAAUUAUUAUCAGAUGAAUCUACAGACGUACAGACAACUGCAUGUGCUACCCUUUGUAAUAUAGUGUUGGAAUUUUCUCCGAUGAAAAAAGUACAAGGUGCAAUAGAAAAACUUGUCGAACUUGCACAUUCACCUGACAAUACGUUAAGACUCAAUGCAGUAUGGGCAUUAAAAAAUUUAGUUUAUCAUUGUGAAUCAGAAAUUAAAGAUGCGGUCAUGAAGGCUUUAACAUAUACAAAAAUGGAAGCAUUAAUUUCCGAUCCAGAAGUUGACAUACAAGAACAAGCACUAAAUCUUUUAAGGAAUCUGGCGUGUUCAAGGAUUUAUGAUAUUGAAGAAGCGUUUAAAGGAUUGGGUGAAACCCAGUUAAUGAAUAUUAUAGAAAACAAAUUAUGUUCGGACAGUGAAGAGAUCAUUAAACAGAUAUUAUUUGUUAUUAGUCACAUUGCAACUGGUAGUGAACGACACAGAUCAUCUAUUAUGGAAAGGCCUACGAUAUUAAAACGCGUUUUAUGUUUUAUGGAACAUAACAAUCCUGAUAUACGUGUAGUAACUGUUUUAUGUCUCAUUAAUUUGAUGCGAAUGGAGGACAAUCAGAAUUGUUCCAUACCACGAAUACAAAAAUUACGCCAGUUAGGAUUUGAUGAAAAAGUAAAAAAUAUGGCUACUGAUGAGAAUUUAGAUGUCCGUGAAAAGGUUAAAACUGCACAAAACUACUUUACCCAAGCUUAA